AUACAUUUUCCAUAACUCUCUUUUCUCUACCCAACCCAACUCAACGAAGUUGGUGGUUUUGUAUGUGGUAAACCCAACAUAUUACUCUCAACUUUUUAGAAAUCUGUGUUUUUUAACGCACCUCCUUCUAAAAUUCGGCCUUAGCAUCUGAUAUCAACAUAAAGAAAGUUAUAGUUACGGAAUAUUAUGAAAUCCUUAUUAUAUCUCCUCUUCUAUACUUUUUAUUAUUGCCUUAAACUUUAGACACAUUUGAAGUAUGUCAGUCAGGAGAACACCACCUGUAUUAUGAGUUAUGAGUUUUAGCGAUCCGUCAUACAAUGAUAAUAAGAAUGUUCAAGUUUUGAAGUAUUAUUUUUAGUUUGGCAUAAAAGAAAACCGUAUUCGGUUAAAAUAAAUCAUGAGUUUCAAAUCAUGGUUCCUCAAACAUGUGAAUUCACUCCUAGUCCAGUACAUAGAUAAUUUAGACCCAAGACAUUUCUCUCUUGCUAUAACGUCAGGUCAACUUGUACUGAGUAAUCUUGUAAUAAAGCCAUCCGUUAUAAAUGAGUUAUUACCAGCCGUUCAGGUAGUUCAUGGUUGUAUAGGAAGAUUAAAAAUAGUUUUCCCAUCAUUCGUGCAUUUUAGCACGUCGAUUUGGGAAAUUGAAAUCACCGACUUAUUCAUAUUGUUGGAACCCAACCCGCAAGAGGAAUACAAUGAAGAGAAAGAAAACAAAAAAAUCCAAGCAGAAAAACAGAAGCAGUUGACGAAAAUUGAAUCAAUUAGAAAACAAAUUCGGGAGGGGGUUAAAAAAGAACGUUUUAAACCGAUAACAGGUCUUCUUGAAAAAUUCAUAAUGAUGAUCAUCAAAAAUGUUGUAGUAAAUAUUAGAGGAGUACAUGUUAGAUUUGAAGAUAAAACUACGCAUCCUGAAUGUCCUAUCGCAGUGGGUAUGACUUUAAGUCAUAUCCUUGUUGAAUCAAAUAAAGAUAAAUUUGUGUCUGUUGGAGCUACUGCUGGUGCAGUUGAGGAUGUCCCUAAAGCUUUUAAGGUGGUGACAAUUCAAUCCAUUGCAAUAUACUGGAAUUACUAUUCUAAACUUUAUAGGGAUCUAAAGCCAGAGUUGUUAGUGGAACAGCUACGCGAUGAAAUUGCUACAACACAAUAUAAACCUAAAAAUUAUACGUACAUUUUAGAACCUAUAUUUUCUCUAGCAAAACUAAAAUUAAAUCUACGACCCGAUAAAGAUGAGAAUCCUUUUGUAAUUCCCAAAGUCACUGUCUAUUGGGAAAUGCCACCACUUGAAAUUUCAAUAAGCAAGGAACAAUAUCGAGAUGCAAUUGGUUUGGCUGAUGCGAUGGCUUUUAUGGUUCGUGGUAAACCGUACAGAAAAUUUCGUCCAAACGUUCCUUACAAAGGCCAUUAUAAGGAAUGGUGGCAUUUUGCUUAUAAUUGUAUUUUAGAAUCUCAAGUGCGUCGAAAAUUUAACAAUUUUAAUUGGAAUCAUAUUUCGGGUCAUUUGAGAAUGUGUAAAGAAUAUGGGGAGUUGUAUAAACUUAAACUCCAAUCGAAAAAACUUUCACCUUACAUUGAAAAAGAUAUUGCUAAGUUGGAAGAAGGGUUAGAUUUAAUGAACAUCGUGCUGGUACGUCAAAAGAUUUUAACUGAACUUGAAAUUGCUGCGAAGAAUAGAGGAAAAUUGGCAGAUCGAUUGAAAGAUAGGUUUAGUCGAUCUAAUAAAGAAGAUAAACAGCCAAAAAUGUUUGACAUAGUUGCUAUGAUUCGUACAAUGACCCCCGCAGAAAAGGAUCUUUUCUAUCAAGAAAUUGACUAUAAUGAGAAUAUACCUGAUACAACACAACCGAAGGAUUACACAGACAUUGUCGCUACAUUUGCAUUAAAAAAGUUUAUAUUAAAACUACAUAAUAAUAAUCACAUCGUUUUAUUGACACAACUUUCUGAUAUCUUUGUGAAUUUGGCGAUACGUACAUCAGCAAAUGCAGGAUCCCUGACUGGAAAAAUAAAGGAAAUAUUAGUAACUGGAGUAAAACAAGGUACUUACAAAGAGCCAACGUUAAUUUCAAAUAAUUCCACCGAAGACGGUUCCUUGUGCGAUGUUUCUUUUGCAAUGAAUCCAUUAAAUUCGAACUUUAUGUAUAAAUUACACAUUUUCUUAAGGCCAAUACAUAUAAUUUUCGAUGCUGUUACUAUUAAUACUAUUGUGGAUUUUGUUACUAUUCCUCGUUCUUCAACACUUCAACAGUUGUCAAAUGUGGCAUCAUCCACUAUUAAUAAAGUAAAAUUCCAAUCUUCAGCUAAAUUACAAUACGUAAUCGAUAAUCACAGCCAAAUCGAUUUGACAAUUGAUGUGUGGGCCCCAUAUGUGAUUAUACCAUUUGGUGGACAUUACACGGGAACUCAAAGUGUUAUAGCAAUUAAUCUAGGACAUGCGUUGUUUCUUUCAAUCGAUGUAACAAGAUCAACUAUAAAGGAAAAACAACAGAAAUAUACCCAACAAAAGUUAGUAAAAGCGCUAAUAGAAGAAAGUUAUGACAAAUUUAUGUUGAAGUUUACCGAUUUCCAAGUCAUAAUAGUGCCGGGGGGCAAAAAUUGGUUAACCAUAUUAAAAAAAUCCCCAAAAACAGUUUACCAUAUUCUUUAUCCACUCACCUUGAAUUUGGAAGUUGAUAUUUGUAUGGUUGAGUUUGAUCCUAGAUUACCAAGAGUAAAAUUAAAUGGUGUUUUACCAUCUUUGUCGUUAAAUAUUACUGAUUAUCAACUUGUUUUUAUACUCGGAUUAAUUAAUAGUAUACCUUCUUCUCAAAAAGAGGAAACUUCUGCAAUUAAAGAGUCACAAUAUAGACGACCAAGUUCUUAUGCUUUUAAUGUAAGUUAUAAAGAAGUGAAACUAGCUAUUAAAGACAUUGAGGAAACUAAAAAAGAAGUUAUUCGUCAUCCUCAACACACAAGUUUGGAAGUUUACUUUGUGUUAAACGAAAUUAGUGUUAAUCUUAAACAUCAGGAGUAUCCUCGAAGCCCAGGUGAAGAUGUAGCCAGAAUAUGUUUAGAAUUAUUGUCGCUUACUUUUAAAGAUCAAACGUACGCUCAAGAACUUAACUUAGAAUUACAAAAUCUUAUGCUUAAUUCGUAUCAUAAAAACUAUGAAGUUCCAAUAAUAGUUACGCCAAAGACGUUCUUAAAUGAUAGGGUAUUUGAAAUUAAUUUUUUAAAGGCUGAUGAAAAAUCACCAGAUUUUGCAACCAUUUAUAAAAGUACCGAAAUUUUAUUAUCUGUUGAGAUUGAAGUAGUGAAAGUAAAAUUACAGCAGGAAAUUUUACAAAAUUUAGUGAAAUACGCAACAGAGUUAGAAAUCCAUAUUGAAGAGUUGCAUAAAAAAUUUAAACCUUCACAAUUAAAAACCACUUUAUAUGUGAAUCAGUUAAAGAAAUCUGUAAGCAAAAUGUUUUCUCAUACAUCGCAAGCUCAUAUCCAUGAUAUUGCAGAUAAACCAAAAAUUGCGAUUCAUGGAUCGGAUACUCCAAACAUUAUAUGUCAAUUGAAAACAUCACUACAGGAAUUUCACGUCACUUUAGGAUCUGAUUUGGGAGAUUUUACAUCUCUAGCAGUUAAGGGUAUUAUGGCUGAAAUAAUUCUUAAGAAGCCCUACUUUCAAGUUAGUGUGAUAUUGAAAACCAUUGAUGUAAAGGAUUUAUCACUACAUACUAAGUAUAUGCAGAUUAUCAAGGUUUUAUCAAAAGAAGUAAUAAAUUUCAACUUCUUUUUUUAUAAUAAAUUCUUCGAUACGUCUCGCCGUGAAGAUAUGGCCAUUUCAGUUUCUGUUGGUCAGAUGCAAAUCGUACUCCUGGCUCUUUAUGUAACUAAAGUAGUGGAUUUUGUUAAUAUAUUUACAAAAACCAGAGAAGCGAUAAUCAAAGUUUCCAAAGCAGCCGCUGUUAAAGCAAAGCAAAACGUAGCUAGUAUUUAUGAAAAUGCGACUCAAAUAGUAAUUAAGGUCGAUUUAAAAGCUCCCCAAGUGAUUAUUCCGGAAAAAUCGACUAGUUUGUAUGGUCUUAUGUUUGAUUUGGGUCAUUUAACCAUAAAAAAUGAAUUUUUGGAUUUCAAUAUAAGAAAUGAGAAUACUGGAAGUAGUGUUGUUAUAGAUGAAACAGAAUUGAAAUUGUCCAAUGUCCAAGUAUCAGUGAUUCAAACUAAUAAGAAAUUAGAAAUACGUCAUAGUAUGACUAUUUUGAAACCGUUUAACUUUGUCUUGAAAUUUAAGAGAAAUCUUUCGGGAUCUUGGUAUAAAUCUAUACCUAACAUUCAGUUCAAAGGAUAUCUUAAAGGAAUUGAAAUUGUGUUAGGACAAACCGAGUAUGGUCUUGCUAUUGCCACAGUUUUAGGUAAUUUGAGUGAAGUGAGCCAACAUUCAUCAGUUUCAUCAUCAGAAAUAAAGCCAAUUCAAGAAAGAGGGCUCGUCAAUGUUAAAUCUAAGCAGAUACAAUCGCAAACAGCUGAUAAUAUAGAGGAAGUUACAAUUGUUGUUAAAUUUAGCCUUGUUAUGGAUAACUUUACUAUAAAACUGUUUUAUACUGACGAUUUUUUGAAGAAUCCCCGGUUACUUAACGCUGCGCGUAAUAAACUUGCACAACUGUCCUUUGAAGAUCUUUGUAUUAAAGGUCGAAUGCUGAGUGACGAUAGCAUUUAUGCAUCAGUCGCACUUGUCGAUUGCGUACUUAAAGACACAAGAAUUGAAAAAGGAGAUAUGUUAAAUAAAAUGUUCUUAAAAACUUAUCACGCUGAUAUAGAUUCCGCUAAUACCAGUUAUAAAAGUAUGAUAGAUGUUAUAUUUCAAAAGAAAAACGAUCAUAUAUAUGUCGAUCUAAAAGUAUCAGAAUUUACUCUGAUCUUGUCUAUGGAAUUUGUAUUGCAACUCCAAACAUUUCUUUCCACGCUGUUACCCGAGGAAUUUUCACCCCAUCCUAAUACCGAUACGGUGGUACCGGAACAAAGUAUAUCACGUAUUAAAAUUACAACAUCAACUAAUCAGAUUCAAACUGAACAAGUUAUAAAUGCAACCGUUAAUGUCAUGGUAGAGAAACCCGAUAUAGUACUAGUGGAAAAUUUAGAUGAUAUCAACACAAACGCUAUUAUUAUUAAUUUUGAAUUCCUAAUCAAACUGUGUACGAGCGAUAAUAAGAAAGUUAUAAAUGGCUUAGUUAAAGAUAUCCAAAUGUAUACAUGUUGUUAUAACCCAACUCAAAGAGAGAAAACAACACAUUUUGUGCUAUUUCCGUUUACACUUAAUAUUGCAGGCAGUACACCUGAAGGAAAAGGUUUACAUAUUGAGAUUUGCUUGACUGAAAUACGAAUAAAAAUUUCACCCACCACGACUCAAUUAUUAAAUAGGGUGUACUCAGCAAGGUUUGUAAUGGAACAAGAUUCAAAAAAGGAGGACGAGACCUUUGCAAACAUGUUCGAUUUAUGGUCUCCUAAACCGUACAAUGAAAAACAAUAUUGGUUCUUUAACACAAGUGUUACAGAAGAUGCUAUUGAAUACAUUCGCGGUGGAGUAUAUCCAAUUUCUUUUGAGGGAAAGAAAUAUGAAAUGUGCAUAAUUAGAGUAGCUCGUUUAGUUUUAACUCUAGAAACAGGAGAGUUAAACGCCGCAAUGCCUAUAUUGAUGUUAGAAUCUUGUUUCGAAGGAAAUAUUCGAGAUUGGAGUGCAGACAUGGCUGUUGAUGCAACUAUAACGCUACAAAUAGCCUAUUACAACAGUAACUUUGCUGCGUGGGAACCUUUAAUCGAACCUAACGGUACUUUCCAUGAGAAUGUCACAAUACAUCAGCCUUGGGAAUUAAAAGUGGAUGUUUCUAAGUAUAGGGAAGAUGCUUCAAGUUUACCAUUUACGCAUCAUGAUGGAGAAAUAGUAUUAUCCGGGCAACCGAAAAUGUCGGUGAUCGUUUCAUCAAAUACUAAUUUAGAAGUAACCAUAUCAAAAACUACAUUAGAAAUGUUAACGAAUUUAGGUCAAUCAUUUUCUAAUAAGAUCGAUUUAACAACAUUUAAACCACCUCAACUUGACAAUCAUCCAUAUAAAAUUAUUAAUAAAUCUGGCUUGAAGGUGAGAAUUGAUUUUGAAAAAAGUAAAUUUUCUGUUUAUCAACAAGAUGGGGAAAAUGAAGUGAUUAUGGAGCAUGGAGAUGAAGUAAUUUUACAACUUAAAGAAAGCGAUAGAGAUGAUUAUUCUUUAAAUGAAAUUCUUGGAAAUUUGAAUAUUAUUGAUAAACGUUUAUAUAUAACGGUGAUGGAAAUGCAAUGUGAAAUUGAGUUAAGUUUAGCUAAGCCCGAUGCAAGAUAUUUUUCUUUACACUAUCGGGAUAAUAGAGAUACUUGGGGUAUUGUAGCUUCAAUGUUAAUCGAAGAAACUACUUUUAAAGUAAUUCUAAGCAGCAUUGUUAAGGUUCAUAAUCAUCUUCAUCUACCAAUAAGCGUUUAUUGCAUGACUCCUAAAGAACAGGAAAAAGAAUUUGUUGGAUCUAUAGAACCGGAAGAAACAUUUUAUUUUCCUGUUAAUGCUGUUUAUACGCCUACGUGUGAGUUAUUUUUCGCUGUUCAAAAAUAUUCUGUAACCACCAAACCGUUUGUUUGGAAAUAUUUAUAUUUAAAAGUAAAUCAGUGUCAAUUAUUACAAUGUCCACCAACAACGCUUUUGGGGCAUUCAGAACCAUUUGUAAUCAAGACAAGUAGUCAUAUUGAACAAAUUUACAACGAAAAUACACUAAAACGUACUAUGAAUAGUGUUUUAUGUAACAUACACGUCCACCCUGCAGUAUUAUUCCGAAAUUAUCUUCCAUAUAAAAUUAUUAUAACAGUGCAAAAUAUUGAUGAUGAAUUUUUAGUUGAACCGGGUUGUACUUUACCUAUUACGAAUGGAUUUCCAGGUGUUUCGUACAUAGUAGUUAGAAUUCCUAAUUAUUUAGAUAAAGAGUGGAGUUGUAUCCAAGAUAUUCCAGCAAAUCCACCUCAAUUUUCGGUGUGGACGUUUGAUUGUUAUGAUAGUACAUUAAACGUCUCGAUAGAUUUGGGUGUUCAUAGCGUGGAAGACAAAGGUCCGUUGCUAAUGACACUUUAUUGUCCGUUUUGGAUGUUAAAUAAAUCGGAGCUGAAUAUUGCCUAUAAAUGUUCCGAUGAAACCUUUAACGUUCUUCACCACCCAGCUAAUUUCAAAGGUCCAAUACUAUUUUCACUUAACGCAAAGAAAUUUUUUGGUACAAGUAAAACUGCGAUAAGGAUUGAGUAUGGUGGAGAAUGGUCAGAUAAAUUCUCAAUAGACGUUGCGGGAUCUUCAGGUGUAAUAACUUGCAAAUAUGAUAACAAAUUUUAUCAGUUUGGUGUUAACAUCGUACUUACAUAUAACGGUUUAACUAAGCAAGUCACCUUUACACCUUAUUACAUUCUUAUUAAUAAAUCUCCAUUUCCACUUGAGUGCCAAGAGCACGAUCGACCAGGAGAUGCAUGGACAAGCGUACAACCCAACAGUUGUGGUGCUUUAUGGCCUGUUGGUGAUUUUGAUGAUAAAUUGUUACGAAUGCGCGUAGUAGGCACAAGUGAAAUAUCAUCACCAUUUUAUUUCUCUGAUAGUCACAACACCGUACUAAAACUUGCUAAUAAG